AUAGCCCGGAUAAUUGAUUAUGCAGACGUCGGAGAAACAAAUGGAGACGGCUCUCUCAUCGAUUGCUGUUCGGAUAGACAGCUUGAAGAACUCGUUGAUGUCUCUACAAACGAAGCUAGAAAGGGACCAACCAAACUGGCCUGCACUCUUGGAGAGCUUUGCCACACUAUCAGGACAUCUGAACAUGCUACUCAGGCAGAUCAAGCACGACAAAACUCCACCACUCCAGAACUCUGUCGUUCUCCCAGUCGCACUCUCACAGCAGCGAGACGAAGAACUAGAGAGACUGACAGAAGGUCGAGUUCCGGUGCUUCAUCAUGAAAUCGUGCCUGAUUAUUUGAGAACGAAAUUAGAUUUGGAGUUGGAGAGUCAGGAACAAGAGCUGGAAGUAGAAGUGGCAAAGCUGCCGCAGGAGACUGUGCAGGAACAAGUCGCAUCAUUGAACGACCGGGUCAGACACGUACUUCAACUCGUCAGCGAAUACAAAGAAAACUGGGAAGAACGAACCUAAACCAACACUCACCACCACAACAGACGAAACUAAACUAU